AUGCCCCGGGCCUGCCAAGUGCAAGCCUCCCGGAACGGUGUGGUCAACGCCGCUUGUCAACGCUCCGUCUUCCGCUCGGCUGAGGCCGCAGUCCCUCCAGUCACAGGGCUCGCUCGUCCCUCGCGCUGCUCCCUGAACGCCAGCAGGAGGCGCCCUUUGCCCGCCGAAGCGGCCCGGGCUCAUCGCUGCUCGGGCCGGGAAGGGCAGCCCCCUGGCGCAGGGCGGUGGAGGGUGCGGGCUGCGCCGGGGUUCCCACCUGAGCGCCGCGCUCCUCGGCGCCCGCACCUCCGUCCGCCCGCCCGCCGGCCCGGCCGAGCGCGCGCGGCCCCCAGCCGGUCGCCGCCGUCCCCGCGCCCGCCGCUCAAGUUUGCCCGCGGUCCCUCGGACCCGUCCCGGUCUCCGCCCCGCCGGGGGCUGCCCCGGGCUGCCGGCGUACCCCCCGGCCGAGGCCCGCCCCCCGGGACCCCCGACGAGCGGCCGCGGCGGGGCCGUGCGGGCUGCGCACGCCGGGCGCCCACCCGGCCCCGAAGGGGCGCCCCCCGACCCGGUCCCCCGCCCCCCACCGGCGGCCGAACGCGGGGCCCCCGCAGUGCCCGCGCUGCCCGCCGGGCGGCGCCCCUCGCCUCGCCGCCCCGCGCCUCGCCGCGCGCCUCCCGCGCUCCCCGCGCCCGGCUCGCUCGCAAGCGGACACAGACUCUGCCUUCGGCCGCCGGCGGAUCGCGCUGGAGCGGCCGCGGCUGCUGCGGAAGGGAGAAGCCGGGGAGGGACGCGGCAGCCCCGCGGCCGGACGAGCAGCGCCCCCGGAGCGCGGAGCCGCCCAGGGCGGCCAGUUCCCUUCCCGACCCCGGCCUCCUCGCUGGCCGCCGCUCCCCGCACCGCUCCUGGCGGCCGCCUGGCCCGUCCCGGCUCAGCCCUGCGUCCCGCGCAGCCCCUUCCCCCUUCCCUCGCUGCCAUCAGCCUCGGCUGCCCCCUGCCCCUGCGCUGGCCUCGGGCCACCACCACACCCCCGGCCCUUCCCCUCUGCGGGUCGUCUUGCUUGGGGUGGUGGUGGUGGUGGUGGUGAUGGGGUCAGCGUCCUAUCGGGUCUCCUGCGAUCUGGGGGAGAUGGGGGACUCCCAGCCCUUCCGCCCUAGUUGA